UUAUACUUGAGUAAACCUUUUAUUUGGGUGUGACUAUAUUAUAUUUAAACUGGUGUAACUAUAUUAUAUUGCAGUCGCUUAUUGUAGAUUUUCAAAUUUAAAUCUGAACGGUUUGAAGCUAGAUUGCAGUUGAUAGCCUUUGCCACAUUGCUAAAACCUUGUCCUUAUUAGUAUUGAUGCUUGGGGAAACUGGUAUUGGAGUUGAUGGGGCAUUAAUAUUAACUGAGUCACUGUUCAAUGGGACUGAAGAUCUUGUAAAACUUGACUUAUCUUAUUGUGGAGUGACAUUUAUUUAUGUUCUCAAACUAAGCACUGAUUCAUCUAUGAUUUGUGGCAUUCUUGAGCUGAACCUUUCAGGAAAUCCUAUUAUGCAAGAGGGUAGCAAUGUGUUAUCGUCAAUGCUUUCAAAUUCGCAUUGUUGUCUGAAAGUUUUGGUCCUUCAGAGGUGUGAGCUUGGAGUUGCUGGAGUUCUUCGAAUCAGGUUCACACACUAGGCCAAUUUAGUACUCAAUAUACUAGCCCUUAGAAAUGAACUUAUGAAUUGUUGGUUUGAUAUUUUAAGCAGGUAAUAAUUUUCUUGAGGAGCUCAAUCUUGCUGAUAAUGCCAAUCUUAGUAUAUCUGAAUCUUCUCC